AUGGAUAUUGCUUAUGAAGAGGUUGUGGAAACUCAACGGGAGGCUUUGCCAUCAACGUCCAAAUCGGAUGCUGAAUCGACUGGUCCACCUCAAAAGAAACCGAGAGUCAGCUACAAGCCAGUGAGUUCAUUUGGAACUCCAAAAUGGUCCAGGAACAAAGGAAAGGAGGAGUUUCAUUACGAUAUAUCGCCUCAGGAAGCUCCGUUGACCGAUAUGCAGAAAGAUGUGUGUGAGUUACUAAAGGAUCUGUCACCAAUACAAUUAUUCUCAAAGUUUUAUGAUGGGGAGGUGUUGGAUUAUAUCAUAACUGAGACUAACCGAUUUGCGGCCCAGAACAACGCUGGUUUUCAUUUGGACGUGGUUAUAUUGAAAAGAUUUUUGGGGAUUUUACUGAUAUCGGGCUACCACACUUUGCCUUCAAUUGAGGAUUAUUGGUCUUCGCAGCUGUCAUUGGGAAUUGCAAUAGUACAACAGGCAAGAGCUACGUUCAUGCAUGUGAAGAGAUACAUUCAUUUUGCGAAUAAUGAUGAAUUAGAUGUUAAUGAUAAGAUGGCCAAGCUUAGUCGAUUCUUUGACAUCAUAAACAGAAAGUUCAAACAGUUUGGCAUUUGGUCAGAGUUUUUGUCUAUAGACGAGCAGAUGGUGCCUUAUUUCGGCCGUCACAGUUGCAAAAUGUUUAUUCUGGGAAAGCCGAUUCGUUUUGGAUAUAAACUUUGGUGCCUCUGUUCGUCAACGGACUAUUUGUUUAGUUUUAUACCAUACUGUGGACAAUCCGAUGAAUACAACAGAGAGCUUGGUCUUGGAGCUGAUGUCGUUCUCCGUUUACUCAGCAACGUCGAAGCACCUAUGCGUCACGUGGUAUUUUUCGACAACUUCUUCACUUCCUAUCAUCUUCUGUGCCUGUUAUCAGCAAAGGGGUUCUGCGCAACUGGAACUGUUCGCUGCAAUCGUGUAGCUGGGGAAGCUAUAAAUAUGAAGACCGGUAAAGAUCUGCCUCGCGGCGCACGUGAUUAUAUGUACGAUUCUAAGAAGCAGAUAACCCUUUGUCGCUGGCAAGAUAAUAAGGAGGUCACCAUUGCUACAAACCAUGACCAGAUUCUGCCACUCUACCCUGUUCGGCAUUGGCAAAAGGCAACUAAAGCUUCUAAGAAGAGCCUGGGAGAAAAUGGGAAAUUUGUCAACGUGGAUCAAACUGCUGUGCUUCACAAUUAUAACAAAGGAAUGGGUGGCGUUGAUCUCCACGACAAUGCCAUUCAAAAUUAUCGAGUAAACAUCCGUGGAAAGAGAUGGUACUGGCCACUUUGGAUAAACACCGUAAAUUCUUCCACUGUGAAUGCAAGGAAAUUGCAUUGUCUGGUCGCGAAAUAUAAGAAUGAGAAGCCAAUGAGCCAAAAACAAUUCAAGUCGUCAGUCACUGAGUCUCUUUUGUUGACCGAUGAAAAAGAAGCAUUGGAGGUGGAUGAAGAUCUGGAGUUCCAAAGACCACGCAACUUACCAAAUCUGAAAACGACGGUAACUGCGGCCAAUUGCUGCUAUGUAUCACCUGAGAUGUGCCUAUGUAACAUCAUGUGA